CUUCUGUGCCUCCUCGUCCCGGGACGCCGCGGGACGCCGGGCGGGCGGCUGGCACCAUGAAGAUCUGGACUUCCGAGCACGUCUUUGACCACCCAUGGGAAACGGUCACCACGGCUGCAAUGCAGAAAUACCCAAACCCCAUGAAUCCAAGCGUGGUUGGCGUUGACGUGUUGGACAGACAUGUCGAUCCCUCUGGAAAGCUGCACAGCCACAGGCUCCUCAGCACAGAGUGGGGCCUGCCUUCCAUUGUGAAGUCUCUCAUUGGUGCAGCAAGAACGAAAACAUACGUGCAGGAACAUUCUGUAGUUGACCCGGUAAAGAAGACCAUGGAGCUCAGGUCCACCAACAUCUCAUUUACAAAUAUGGUCUCAGUGGACGAGAGGCUAACAUACAAGCCGCACCCCCAGCACCCAGAGAAAACUGUCCUGACCCAGGAAGCCAUCAUCACCGUGAAAGGGGUCAGCCUCAGCAGCUACCUUGAAGGGCUCAUGGCAAGCACCAUAUCUUCCAACGCUAACAAAGGCCGAGAAGCAAUGGAAUGGGUGAUCCAUAAACUGAACGCCGAGAUUGAAGAACUGACAGCAUCAGCCAGAGGAAGCAUAAGGACCCCAAUGGCGGCCGCAGCAGCGUUGGUGGAAAAAUGACAAUGGAAAUUGGUGUGCAGCUGCAGGGCCCCAGGACUCUUCAAGCUGACAUCAUAUUUAUUUGUUAUUUAAAAGAAUAUAGCUACUUUAGGUAGAUUUAUUAUUUUUUUUUUAAUAAGCUGGGGAAAGGCUGUGACUUUUGAUCACAACAAAAGAUGGAGAGGGUCUGAGUCAAAGUGAUCAUCUUGAGGUGGAAGGGCUUGAGGGGCUGGCUGGAGUCUUGUGUUCACAUGGACAGUUAACAGGCUUGUUUGUUGUUGUUUAAGUGCUUAGAAGAAAUUGAUGUUGGUCUUGAGUCUCCUUAGGUAUAGAAUCUUAGCCUUUCAGGUACUGAAGCCCUGCGUGACUGUGGACCAACCAGCACAAAGGCCGGCUGCCCUCCAGUGCACACAGUUGCCCGACGCGGUGAACUAGAACCCCCUGCGUGAGGAACUCACUUUAAAAAGAGACAUUGUAUAAUUUCAGAUGACAUUAAUUUGUAUAAAAUAACUUGCCCUGCUGGAAACCAGUUUUGAUUUGGUAUUUAAAUGAUAUUUUUGGAGUGAAAAUUAACACUAAGGUAAUAUAUGAUGACUCCAGCAAAAAUCGUAUUUUAUUGUAUUAACGGGUACUGUAUUGACUUGCCAAAGUUUUGUGACUUAGUAAAGGCAUUCCCUUCCUCACAUUUGUACUUUGUGAUCUCUCAUGCUGUACUGUGGGCUGGUUACCUUAACUGGAAAAUAAAGUGACUGUCUCAUCCCUCUCAUCCCUCGUCAGCAGCACUGACAGCGCAGCUGCUCACAACUACUACUGACCUUAGCGAUCGCUGCACGUCAGAUCCAUGUUUCUGUAAUUGCUAAGGCAUGAGAUGUCAGGUUAUUUGAAUGUAAUUACUUUUGGGGUAAUUAUGACCACAAAACAUCUCUUUUACGGGAAGAGUUCUCCAUCAUUUGGGACGACUCAGAUGUCACCUGGAUCAUUGGUGCUUUCUUAGCUCCUGGGUGUUGGGUGAGGACAGAGGGGUGGGAACACAGUGGUCAGAGGAGGACUGCAAACCAGCCCCGGACUGUCAAUCACUGCUGUUUGCUUUGAUACUGCAGUAUUGUCGGAGGGGUUGCCUUUUGCCUUUUAUGGGAUGGGCUUCUACUUGGUUUUUUUAGAAAGACCGGUUAACAUGCAUACAAAACCACAGAGAAUGUUUUAAGUGGCUUUAAAAUUCCUGGUUUCCUACCUCAAAAGGUUCCUUAGCUUAAAAAUUGAGACGUUUAUAAAAGCAGGUUAAAUCUAAUGAAAGGGGUUGGGUUUUGUUUGUUUGCUUGUUUGUUUUUGUUUUAACGAAGCUACUUUGACAUGCAGAGUAACAUCCCAGCUAAACAGAACACUGCUUGGUGUUACUCUCGGACAAAGUGUCUGUGAGUCACACCCGAAAGGGUCUGAUGCCCUAGUGACUAUUUAAACUCUAGUUUAAAGUGAUGUAAAUCUUGGUUUUGCCAUACAGUUCUUCUUAGAUAGCUGUCUAAGCACAAACGCAGGGCCAGCGAAGUUGGGCAGUCACGGUCCUGCCCGGUAGAGGAGGUCCCGCCCUCUGCCACCACACCUGGGAAGGUGACCGGGACGCGGCAGCCUCACUUUCCCAGGUCUCCGCGCGCGCGACCGCGGUUUCCGGAGGCCGCUCGGCCAAUGAGCGGGCGCCACCGGCUCUCCCAUUGGCUCCCGGCUGCGACGAGGGCGGGGUGAGGCGUUGACUGGCGGGCCCGCACCCCGCCUUUUCCGGUACUCAGGCGCCCUGACCUUCCUGCCGCCGGUCCCAGCUGAAGAGACUCUGAAGCAACCCCGCGGCUCUGCCCGACGCGUCCGGCUCGCGACACCAUGGUGGCGUACUGGAGGCAGGCUGGACUCAGCUACAUCCGCUUCUCCCAGAUCUGUGCGAAAGCAGUGAGGGAUGCCCUGAAGACCGAGUUCAAAGCUAACGCCGAGAAGACGUCCGGCAGCAGCAUAAAGAUCGUGAAGGUGAAGAAGGAGUAGCCGGCACUGGCUAAAGCAGGAACUGCCGAGUCGUCACAGUGAAGACAUGUGGGUACCUGCUAUGGCAGAUUGAAAUCACCCUCACCUCCUGGGGACAAAACUGCCCUUGUUGAUAAAUUGACUAUGCCAAUAAACUGACAUGGUUCAUGUCUGCUGGGUUUCA